AUGCCAGGCAUCUUACCCAUGAAGGUCAUCAAGGUCGGGAGUAAUUCACAAAGCAGAGUUGCUCAAGCCUGUGACCGGUGUCGGAGCAAGAAGAUUCGAUGUGAUGGCAUCCGGCCGUCAUGCUCGCAGUGCACGAAUGUCGGCUUCGAAUGCAAGACGAGCGAUAAGCUUAGCAGAAGGGCGUUUCCCCGUGGUUAUACCGAGUCCCUGGAGGACAGAGUCCGGUCUCUGGAGGCUGAAGUACGGGAGCUUAAGUCCCUGUUGGAUGAGAAGGAUGAGAGGAUAGACGUCCUCACUCGGCUUCAAUCGUUUUCUCUCUCCUCCCAAAAGGCAACUUCAUCCCCAGUGUCGAACAUUUCCACAUCACCAGCCGGCUAUUACCCACGGCCGCCCCAGACGUCACGGAAUGAGGGAGAAGAUCUCAUAUACGUCCAGCAAUCAGCACGCUCCAUCUCAAAGCCAUCGGAUGAUACGUCUUUCACCGGACAUUCCAGCACACGGUCUUUCAUAGACUCAUUUUCUGUUCGACUCGAAAGGAGCGGCAAGUCGCCAACAACCGCAUUGGCAGACGCCCUGCUUUGUGCGCCUUCGUUGAAUGCACGAAGGCAUGAGGAUAUCACUCCAUCCAACAUUCUCCCUCGUCUGGUGUCAGAUCGGCUAUUGAACAUUUUCUUCCAAGAAUGGGCACCACUAUACCCCAUUGUCCAUCGUCCGGAAAUUCUGAAGUUAUACAGCCAGUAUACGACCAAUCCAGACGCCAUCGAAGCGGAUCACUAUGCAUUCGCACAGUUGAACUUGAUUUUCGGCAUUGCUGCCAUCUCAUCCACGUCUCGCGUACCACAGGAUCCCCUGUUCUUUGAACGGCAUUGGAUACCGAAGCUGAAGAUGCUUGCAAAUGAUAUCUCACUGACCACGCUGCAGUGUUAUGUUCUUGCUCAAGUAUAUUAUUCCAUCAAGGCAGAUUAUCGAAGUCUCCUGCACUACCGGGGCCUUGGUGUUUCGAUAUGUCUUCAAUUGGGCCUUCAUCACAGCCAAGAGAGAUUCUCUCUCAACCCUCUAGUAAGCGAAACGCGAAAGAGGGUAUUCUGGUGCCAAUAUACUCUUGAUAGAUUCGGAGCUGCCUUCACAGGGCUGCCCGUGCUAUUAGCUGAGGCGGACAUCUCAACAGAGUACCCAGCAGACGUUGAUGAUGAAAAUGUCACGGAAACGGGCUUCGUUCCAACCAUCCCGGAGGAGUCGACGAGGAUGUCAUCCGCUCUGGCUCUAUUCUCAGCCUCACGUAUCCUCCAUCGAGUGCUCGAGGACCUCUACCCUUCUCCUGCAGGCUAUGAAAUCUCUCUCUCCACGGUCCACUCGCUGGCGGAAAACCUGGACGAGUGGUUGAAGAAUCUCCCUGCCCACCUUCAACUCACAUUCCUGCUCGACAAGCCCAAUGCCUCAGUUGCAAGCAGCCGAUCAAUAUUGCUGUCGACGGUCUAUUACUUUAUUCGCACCCUGAUCCGCCGCCCAGCGGUCUCCUUCGGCUCAUCCGAUAGCUCAUCGCCAUCGAUGCUGUCUCUUGUAGACUCAGCCAAACACAUUAUACAACUCCUCAGACUACUCGAGGACCGUCGGAUGAGCCUUUCGUUAUGUAUGAACAAACGCGAACUGAUUCUGAUCUCUGGUCUUGGCCUGCUCUGGCAAAACCUCCAGCUUGGCCGGGACAGCAAGCUGGUUAAGGAUGCUCAGAAGAGUCUGACAGCUACUGUCUCGCUACUGGAGAAUGAAUCCAUCGAGGCUGCACUGGAGUUCACCUCGUUGAUAAACCUAGUGUCGGAUUCUGACCGGCCAAUGCCAGACCAAGCUGCCAGCGGCGGCGUGCAAGAAUUCGUGUCGAAGAUGAAAAGACCUCGCCUGUCAUUCUCGUCUGAGCCUGGUGUAUCGACACAGAUGAGGGACGACCUUCGCAGGGCAAACAUGAGGCUAUCAUCGCCUAGGAUGUCACGCAGCGUUCGGUCAUCGAGCUCGCAUAGCAGCAGCUCCUACGAUCAGCGUGACCAGAUUCAACAACCUCACCAAGUCCAUCCCGGCAUGCACUCUGGACAAACUAAUCUUGGCUAUGUCCCCCUUCAGGUUAAAAAGGAUAAUAAGAAGCAGAUGCAGCCAGGAUAUAAUGCUCAAGUGGGGAUGACUGAAUGGGACCAUGCUCUCAACGACAUUGAUGGCGGGCAUGGCAAUAUAUUCCCUGGAAUAUACAGCAGCAACGAGUGCGGACAGGCUCCGGGUGCAUUCAAUACCCUCAGCCCGAGUUACCCGCCAUCUCAACAGUCAACACCGGCACUUGGCAUGACUGUUUUGCACUCAUCUCCUGAUAGUAUGCACGGGUGGCCUCAAGAAUCAUGGACUGCGGCUCCACGAACCGCCAUACCGCGCAGCCAUCCACAUCCCAGUCACAGCGGCGCCAAUCCAGCGAAUGGCGGCACGCCAGCAGAAUCUCCUUCAGCAUAUAAUGACGGCAGGAACUUAGACAUGAGAGACCAGCAUAUAGCUCAGGCUCACUCGAACGCCCAUGAAGGGAAUAAUGGCCACAUCCAUACCUGUGCGCCACCCUUAAACCCGUUUGAAGCGAUGGUUAUGCCGCAUAACCUCGAUUCUAUGCAAGGAACCCCCAACUUCAAUGUCUCCGUCACGAGCGGCUGGGGCCAACACUCUGUGAUGUAA